AAGCGGAAAUGCAUGGUUUAGGAAUUACUGUUUACGGAAGAGCUUGAAUGAAAAUUCUCAAUGUACUUCAGCAUAUAGAAAAUCGGGUUCUUUUUCAAAUUUGACCUUCGUAGCUUUUUGCUACGCUUAUUUUAUCAUCAUGUGGGACCACGAAAUCAAAGCCAUGGCGUCUUCUCACGCCAUCAUCGCCUCCUCUGUCUUUAUGGCCACGGUUCUCCCUGCGGUGUUCAUCCAGGGCUUCUCGGUGUACGGCACGCACCUGCUGUGGCUCUAUUCGGUGACCGGGGCGGUGUCUGUGGUUAACAUCGCGGUCUUCUGGCUGCUCGGCAUCAGCCAGCCUACCAAGAAGAACACCUUAGGCUACAAGCUUUCUAGGUUGGUUCGCUCCUGCAUGUACCUGCUGCUGUCCUGCCUCUUCUAUCACACCGUAGUGGUUCUGUAUGGAGCACCGUUGAUCGAGUCGGCUCUGGAGACCUUCUCGCUGGCAGUGCUUCUGACCUCCCUGACCACGCUGAGGUGCCUGUGUGUCCUUGGGCCAAACGUCCAGGCUUGGAUACGAGUUUUCAGUAGACAUGGGGCUAUGUCUGUGUGGGACACCUCUCUGCAGAUCACAGUGGCCUGCUCUUUGAUAGGGGCUUGGCUAGGAGCCUUCCCUAUACCUCUGGACUGGGACAGGCCCUGGCAGGUGUGGCCUGUCUCCUGUAGCCUGGGAUCUGUGGUUGGCUACUUGACAGGGCUUGUCGUCGCCCCAGCGUGGAUCCACUUCCAUCGCAAACAGCUCACCUACAAGUCCAAGUGAUGAAAUGAAUGUGUGUGUACUGUGUGUGUGUGUGUGUGUAAGAGAGAGAGAGACUGUGGGUUAUAUUUUCCGAUCACAAACUGCUCACCUGCAUGUGAUGAACUGUGUGUGUGUGUGUGUGUGUGUGUGUGUGUGUGUGUGUGUGUGUGUGUGUGUGUGUGUGUGUGUGUGUGUGUGUGUGUGUGUGUGUGUGUGUGUGUGUGUGUGUGUGUGAAUGUGUUGUGUUUUGGUGUGUGUGAAUCUCCCCUCAGGGCUGUUUGUUUUUAUUCCUGGAUGUCUGCUGUGCUCUUUUGCAUAUUUACCGUAUGUCCAUUACCCUUUUCAAAUAGCAAGCACGGCUCCCCUAAAAGCUAAAUUGAGGAGAAUGAAUUUUGUAUUUACAAAGGUUUAAAAUGUUCCUGCAGAUUUUCUUUGACAAAAAUAAAGUUGAUGUUCUGUAAGUAAGUGUUCUGCCAUUGCGUGUUGUUUGUCUGUGUGUGUCUGUGUGUUUUAUUUCAGGGAAAGGGUUGGAUGGUCAGUGGCUAACUGGUGGGAGUCAAAUUAACACUAUUCAAAUUAUUUUGUAUUCUAUCUUUUAUUUUCAUUUUCUUU